AUGCUCCCUCGCUCCGCUCCCCGCACGCCCCCUCCGGGUCCAGCAGGAUGCCCCUGCUGCACCAGAAUCAUCCGCGACUGGUACACCCCCCUCUACGACGCCGGCCUCCCAGCGCACAUGAUCAACCCCCCGGAAGACGCCGCCACAACCCCAGCCGUGUUCGAGCUCUGCGGCAAGACACCGCUAGACCCGGCCCUCUCAACGCAGGCCCUCGGGGCCGCCAUCCGCGCCGCCCUCAUCCCGCACAUCACGACCCGGGCCCCCACUGGGGCGGAAGUCGAAGUCCCCUUCUACGUGCGUCUCUCGCGCCGUCCGGCCCGUGUGCAGAUGAAGUCGGAGAUGAUGUUCAUCAUCAGCGUGCUGGUGGACUUCCCGUCGCGUGUGCGUGUUGACCAACCGCUUUUGGAUUCCGUUGUUGCUAAACUCCCGCCUCAUUCGGGGGGGCUGUGGGCUGCUGCUGUGUGUCCUGCCGAACUCACCCCGCUGGUUUGGCGGCUGCGCUGGUUGGAUGAGCAUGUUGCCAGGCCGGCGUGGGCGACGGAGAUUUGGAGUAAUUUGCCGCUUAUGCCGGACGGGGCGAGGCUUGUUUGGCGCUGGGAGAGGGCGACUUGGGGGCCUUGA